AUGGCUCCUCAAAAUGCAUCUUACAUUUCACCCAAAGUUCAAAAGGAAAUUUUACAUGUCAUAUCUAAUGAGGUACAAGAUGCAAUUCGCGAUGAGAUUGGAGAUGGAAAAUUUUGCAUUAUUGUUGAUGAGGCUCGUGAUGAAUCAAGAAAGGAGCAAAGGCCAUUGUAUGUUCUUGCUCGGCACAAUUUGAGCAUAAAAAAUAUUCGAGGUCAAGGUUAUGAUGGAGCUAGUAAUAUGCGUGGGGAAUGGUCUGGACUACUAGCCUUAUUUUUGAGCGAAUGUCCAUAUGCCUAUUACAUACAUUGUUUCCCUCAUAGGCUCCAUUUAGCAUUGGUUGCGACAUCUAGAGAGGUAAUUUCAGGUCAUCAAUUUUUCUCUAAAUUAACUCUUAUUACCAAUGUUGUUUCUUCCUCUUCAAAAAGGCAUGAUCAAUUGCAAGCCGGCCAAAUUGUUGAAGUUGAGAAAUUAAUUGCUAAUCAUGAGCCUAAGACUGGUAAAGGAUUAAAUAAAGUUGGAACUAUAAAACGGGCUAGUGAUACUCGAUGGAGUUCUCACUUAAGCUUUGUUAGAAGCUUAGUCAUUAUGUUCGAAGCGACUUAUUUGGUCUUGAAAAUCAUAAUUGCUGAAGGGGCUACUUAUAGCCAAAGGGGAGAUGCUGAUUAUGUUUAUAAUGUUAUCACUUCUUUUGAAUUUGUGUUUAUUUUGCAUCUUAUGAAAGAAAUACUUGAGAUCACAGAUGACCUUUGCCAAGCCUUACAGCGUAAGUCUCAAGAUGUUCUGAAUGCAAUGUGCUUAGUAUCAACAACAAAAAUGUUGAUUCAGAAAAUGAGAGAAAGUGGAUGGGAUUCAUUGCUUGAAAGUGUGAAAUUAUUUUGCAAGAAACAUGAAAUUGAUAUCCCUAAUAUGAAUGCUCAUUAUAAUUCUGGUCGAGAACUAAAUGUUAGGUUUAAGGAAGAUAUGAUGGAGUCACUUAUUCUUAACUCCUCUUUAGAUCCAAGGGAUGGUUUCAGAUCAUUUAGAAUUGAUGAUGUUUUUAGUCUUGCAAAUAAGUUUUAUUCUAAAGAUUUUUCAGAACAAGAAAAAUUACAUUUGAGAUAUCAAUUAGAGCAUUUUGAACUUGAUAUUCAACAUGAUUCUGAAAUGCAGAAAUUAUCAACUAUCUCUGAAUUGUGCCAAUAUUUAGUGAAAUCAAGAAAGUCAACUAUUUAUCCUCUUAUUAAUAGGUUGGUUAGACUUGUUUUGACACUUCUAGUCUCAACUGCUACUACUGAGCGAGCUUUCUCAGCUAUGAGUCUUGUAAAGACUAAGCUUCGUAAUAAUAUGGGACAUGAUUUUCUUGCAAAUUCCUUUAUUAUAUAUAUUGAGAAAGAGAUAGUUGAUACUUUUAGCAUUGAUUCUAUAAUUGAUGAGUUUUAUGCUAUGAAAGAGCGACGAGUACAGCUCAAGAUGCCAAGACCUAAGUCUUAA